AUGUCUGUGAAGCCAGUAAUGCACCAUGCUAGUUCAACAGCCUUGUGUCUAGGUGAUUCUAGGUGUUUCGUGUCUCCUAAUGCCGCUUCCUGGUCACCUUCACUCUUAGAUGCUCCUCGUCCCCCUCAGGAUGAUGUCUCUGGCAAGAAUACAGCUCUGCGUGGUGUGACCGUUAGCCUGGAGACAGCCGGACUAUGGGAGACCUUUAACUGUCUAGGAACAGAGAUGAUUGUUACAAAGGCAGGGAGGCGAAUGUUCCCUCUUUUCCAAAUCCGUAUUUGGGGGAUGGAUCCAACAGCAGAUUAUUCUCUCCUUCUUGACUUCCUUCCAGUAGGCGACAAGAGAUACAGGUAUGCCUUUCACACCUCUUCAUGGUUGGUGUCGGGACCAGCAGACCCGGCACCACCUGGACGUCUUCACUUCCACCCAGACUCUCCUGCAAAGGGAGCCCAUUGGAUGAGGCAGACUGUUUCCUUUGACAGACUGAAGAUCACCAACAAUGCCCAAGACAUGAGAGGACAUAUAAUACUGAACUCCAUGCACCGCUACCAGCCACGGCUUCACAUCUUGCUCUCUGAUCGAAACAGGGGUGGAGAAUCUCGUGCCGAUCAGAACUUUGUGUCUUUUGUGUUCCCUGAGACCCAGUUUACAGCUGUGACAGCCUACCAAAAUCAAAGGAUAACACAACUAAAGAUUGCCAGUAACCCAUUUGCGAAAGGUUUCCGAGAAUCAGAAGGUGGUGAAUGGCAAAAUCAAAUCCGGGCUAUCCAGUGGUAUCCACAGAAGCUGCGCUAG